AUGCAUCUGCAAAAACUCGAUAGUACGACACGCGCUGCACUCCUACAAGAAUUGUUCAAUACAGACAAGAGCAACAUCGGCGUUAGUUAUCUUCGCCUAAGUAUGGGUGCAUCGGACUUGGACGAACAGGUUUUCUCCUACAAUGACCUACCUCAAGGCCAGACAGAUGUGAAUAUGACUCGUUUCAGUUUGGCAACAGAUCGAUUGUAUCUCAUACCCGUAUUGAAACAAAUUCUGGCUAUUAACCCUCAAAUUAAACUCAUGGCCUCACCAUGGUCACCGCCAGUGUGGAUGAAGACAAAUCAAAACAGUGUCGGCGGUAGUUUGUUACCUCAAUACUACGAUGCGUAUGCAUUGUAUUUUGUUCGAUACGUCGAGGAAAUGAAGAAAGAAGGAAUCAUAAUUGAUGCCGUUACAAUUCAAAAUGAACCAUUGCAUCCCGGAAAUAAUCCAUCGCUAUUGAUGCAAGCCGCCGAGCAGGCUCAGUUUAUCAAACAAAGUCUAGGACCAGCAUUUCGACGAUCUUCGAUCAAUACAAAAAUCAUUAUAUAUGAUCACAAUGCCGAUCGACCGGACUAUCCAAUAACAAUAUUACAAGAUAACGACGCUAGACAAUAUGUCGACGGGUCGGCAUUUCACUUGUACGGUGGCCAGAUCGAUGCAUUAUCAGCGGUACACAAUGCACAUCCAGAUAAACAUCUGUAUUUCACAGAACAGUGGGUGGGUGCACCGGGAAAUUUAAAAGGCGAUCUGGUCUGGCAUGUGAAAAACCUUAUAGUCGGCGCUACGCGAAAUUGGGCUCGAACGGUAUUGGAAUGGAAUCUAGCUGCCGAUCGACAGUUGAAUCCUCACACACCAGGUGGAUGCACGCAAUGUUUAGGUGCACUGACGAUUGAUGGAAAUCAUGUUGUAUCGCCCAGAAAUCCUGCCUAUUAUGUUAUUGCACAUGCGGCCAAAUUUGUACGACCGAAUUCGGUGAGAAUUGGAUCGAAUCUGGUGUCGAGACUGUCGAAUGUGGCAUUUAAAAGGCAAGAAGAUGGAAAAAAAGUGUUGAUAGUGGUGAAUGAAAAUGACUCGGGAACCCUGACAUUUCAAAUUCGAUGGGAAGGACAAGUGUUCAGCACGUCGUUGCGCGGAGGUAGUGUAGGGACUUAUGUUUGGUAA